GUGUACCACGUUAUUUCUAUUUUGUGAAUUUUAGUAGUACAGCUAUUGAUAAUGCGCGAUAAAAUAUGCUAUAUAAUUGAUAAUCAUAAGUAAUAAUUGCAAGUGAAGUGACAAGGUGAUGGUAUAAAUAGGUGCUUAGAUGGACGUUGGUAAAAGUGUAUCUUUAUUUUUCAAGAAUGGACAGGACAAUGUCGGGCUUCAAGAUGCUGUAUCUAUGUUUGGCGUUAAUUGUCCUCCUACAUGCAUUAGUUCACGAGGCGUCUGUUGAAGCAACCUCGUAUGGGCCCUUGCGUCCACCACACUGUGGUUUUAGCAACAUUACGCAUGCCAGGGUGGUUGGUGGUAAACCAGCUAAACUUGGUGCUUGGCCAUGGAUGGUUGCAUUAGGUUUUCGUACUUCUAGACGCCCAAAGAAUGAUCCAGACUGGAAGUGCGGAGGUUCCCUGAUAUCAGCUAGGCAUGUUCUAACAGCAGCACAUUGUGCAAUACACCGUUCAUUGUACGUGGUUCGUAUCGCGGAUUUAAAUCUAAAACGAGAUGACGACGGAGCGCAUCCUAUUCAAAUGGGACUCGAAUCCAAACUAAUUCAUCCGAAUUAUACUUUCCUGGAACACCAUGAUGAUAUAGCUAUUCUUAAAUUGGAGAGAGAUGUACCAUUUUCGGACUACAUACGUCCCAUUUGUCUCCCCAUAGAGGAGUCCCUUCGAAAUAACAACUUCAUGGGCUACAACCCCUUCGUUGCUGGAUGGGGAAGAUUAAAAUAUAACGGACCACGAAGUGAUGUAUUAAUGGAAGUACAAGUACCAGUGGUUAGCAACGCCGUAUGCCAAAAGGCUUAUAGCGACGCUUCUGAUACAGUAAUAUGCGCCGGAUACACUGAGGGUGGAAAGGAUUCUUGUCAAGGUGACAGCGGAGGACCACUGAUGAUACCACAAAACUUCACCUUUUAUGAAAUAGGUGUUGUGUCUUAUGGUCAUGAGUGCGCUUUACCUAGAUAUCCUGGUGUUUACACUAGGGUCACGUCCUACCUCGAUAGCUUUAUCCUCCCAGCGUUGAAAGUGCUUAGUUGGACGUUGGUAAAAGUAUAUCUUUAUUUUUCAAGAAUGGAAAGGACAAUGUCGGGCUUCAAGAUGCUGUAUCUAUGUUUGGCGUUAAUUGCCCUCCUGCAUGCAUUAGUUCACGAGGUGUCUGCUGAAGCAACCUCGUAUGGGCCCUUGCGUCCACCACAUUGUGGUUUCAGCAACGUUACGCACAAUAGGAUUGUUGGUGGUAAACCAGCUAAACUUGGAGCUUGGCCAUGGAUGGUUGCAUUAGGUUUUCGCAACUACACAAACCCAGAGGCGGGUCCGGAAUGGCAUUGCGGUGGUUCGCUGAUAUCGGCUAGGCAUGUUUUGACCGCAGCACAUUGUGCAAUACACAAUGAUUUGUACGUGGUUCGUAUCGCGGAUUUAAAUCUAAAACGAGAUGACGAUGGAGCGCAUCCUAUUCAAAUGGGAUUCGAAUCUAAACUAAUUCAUCCUAAUUAUAUUUCCGGACAAUACUCCCACGAUAUCGCUAUUCUUAAAUUGGAGAGAGAUGUACCAUUUUCGGACUACAUACGUCCCAUUUGUCUUCCCAUAGAGGAGUCCCUUCGGAAUAACAACUUCGUGGGCUAUAAUGCCUUUGUUGCUGGAUGGGGAAGAUUAGAAUUUGACGGACCAUAUAGUGAUGUAUUAAUGGAAGUACAAGUGCCAGUACUUAGCACAGCCGAAUGUCAACAGGCUUAUCCCGGCGUUUCUGAUAAAGUAAUAUGCGCCGGAUACGCUGAGGGUGGAAAGGAUGCUUGUACGGGUGACAGCGGAGGACCACUGAUGAUACCACAAAACUUCACCUUUUAUGAAAUAGGUAUUGUGUCUUUUGGUUAUCUCUGCGGUUUACCUGGAUAUCCUGGCGUUUACACUAGGGUCACGUCCUAUCUCGACAGCUUUAUUCUCCCAGCGUUGAAAUAAUACAAUUAUUAAGGUUUAUAUCAUUUUCCGCGUACAAAAAAGAAAAAGUUGGACUAUACUACUGUAGCUAGUUGGACUACACUACUAUAGCUAUAGAGGUAGCUCAAAUUUAUAAUUUUUUCUUUUAUAUCACGAAUUAUAGUGUUAGAAUGCGCAAAAUAUGACUUUUAAAUGACAUUAAUUUUUCAUGCUUCUCUUUGUUUGAUGGUAAUAAUAAAUCAAC